AUGCUAGCUUUGAUCCCGUUCAGAGAUCCGAAGAAACGACGGCGACCACCAGCAGAGGACACCGACAGCUCUCACAUGUCUCUUCAUACCCUCCCCUAUGAUCUACUCCUCAAUAUAACUUUUUAUUUGGAUCUACGGGAUAUACACGCGUUGCACCUGACUUGCAAGUCACUGUACACGUUCUCCACGACGAAGCCAGUCUAUCGGAAGCUUGCCAAUGAUUUGCUGCGCCGAUGUCGCGCCCUGCCUUUAAGGGGGUUCCAGAGGUUAACGGACCUCAGCGUGGAUCAGCUCAUACGAGCGGUCAAUACUGCUACUCGCUACGAGCGUGCUUGGAGAGUCCGGGAGCCGAGGCCGAUUUCAACGACGUUCGAAUGCGGCAAUAGCUUGGAAGCACAGUCCAACGGCUGUAGUUCGUGGUACAAGGUCGUCAGCGCUCCUCCAAACGAAGACGUUGAUUGGUUAUCACCCAUUACCUCCAGCUACACACUCUGUGCGACCAAGAGCGGGAAAGUCGUGUGUUGGGACGUUCAGUCGGAUCAAUGUCUUGCAGAAUGGAAUCCGGGGGAGCGAUGGGAGUUAUGGAAGUGUAGGGUUGAAUUCGAGGAACGAACAGUUUUUUUCACCAUGGCCAAGGUCCUGUCUGGCGCCUACGAUGAUGAACGAGUGAUGGAGUUUGUACUCAUGAAGUUAUACUUCCCAGAAGAUCCGAAACACGCUCUAAAGGAAGCCAAAGAUCGCCCCCCUCCUGUGUUUUCCCGGGUUAUGGAAUUCAAAACCACUGGCGUAGUCAUGAACGUUUUCCUGCUUGAUCCUUCAGCUCGGCUAUUGGCAGCGUUUGUUUGGGUAUCGAGUUCGAAUACCAUAGGGUUAUACGCUCUUCUGGAUUGGGAUAAACCAGAGUAUGUCUUCAUAGACACCGGCAUUGAAUGUAAAAUGUCCUCAAACUGGUCGUGUAUUUUAUAUGAGCGCAACAUAGUCAUACACUCCGAAGAAAGCGACUCUGCUUUCCAAUACUUUUAUCCCUUAAGCCUGCUGGAAGAGUAUAAGAAGCAGCUUGCUGCCAAGACCUCCGUUCCUGCUAUCGCGGCACAUGUACCCCCCGCGGAGACCCUCACCAAACGGUUUAUAUUCCCUCGCCCGACCCCAAGCCAACCCCAGCCCACACAAAACGGCGCCUCUAUCGCAAGUCACCCUGGCACGCCGAUCCCAACGCCAUUUCUUGCGCUCCCUGGCCUCAACGGCCAUGAUCACGACGCGUCCACUUCGACCACGCCCACUGAUCCGUUUCAGACGACGCCCCCUCCUACACCAACCCCCCCUGCGCUUACUCCCCCGACUCCGAACCCCUUCCCGUUCCCCCCGUGGUACCCUGAGAGUGCCCACUUUGUCCGACAGUGGUGGCCCAGUCUACCAGGAAUACCGCGCGUGAGCUGCACAGUGGUGCUGCUAGCUUCUCACGAUCCGGAUACGCAUCGAACGCGUUUCGUCCUGGCGCAGCAUUACUUCCGCGUCCCCCUCUCCCAAGAAAACUGGACGCAUGCGAUCGGGCCGUCCGAUACCGGACGAAUUCGCUCGUCCCAUGCAGAAGAGGCAAUGGGAGGCCCGUCAUCAGCCAAGGGCGGUGCUCCGGGGCCCCGCCCAAAGAGGAAGAACAACGACGACGCGCUCAUGCGGCUGUGGUACGUCAGCACGCCGUUCGAGGUCGUCUGUGUGUUGGAUGGCAUGGAGGAUGAAGACGAAAACGGCGGGAUGAGCGAACGCCCGCGCCCGUUAGUCGCCGUCGACUUCGGGCACGCCGUGUGGAUCGAAUACAACGAUACCGACGCCGACCGUCCCGGCAGCGACCCCGAAGCCAAGUGGCUGCGCUUCGUCACGUUCCCUCCAUACCCCGGUGAAGAUGGCGAGAACCUCACCAACGACGGCGGACCCCGCAUCGGCGUCGAGGGCGAGGUGAAGACGCUGGUGACGCCCCCGGAGCUGGACUUGGAUAGCGUGGAGACGCUCAAUAUUGACCAGUCGCAAGGCGCGGUCAUAUUGUCGGUGAAAGAGGGCAAGAUUUUUAUUCUCUGUUAUGAGUGA